GCCUAUGCAUAUAGAAUUGUUUAUCAAAAUAGUAUUACGGCUUAUUUUAGCAUAUAAACACGAGAAUUUUAAUUUAGGAACAACAGAACUAAACUGAAGACCAAUAUUUUGGUUUUAAUCAGUAAAUUUUUAUAAAAAUGACGGACAUACUUUGCAACUGGUUGAAUGAUGAGGUGAAUCUCUCGAAAAAGCUUGACAAAUCUCAAUUUGCUGAAGAUUUUGCUUCUGGUUUCUACCUCGGCGAAAUUCUUCACAAGUUUCAGCUUCAGCAUGAUUUCGACAAAUUUUCUGCUGGACAAACCGCAGAUGCAAAACUUAACAACUUCACAAGACUUGAACCUGUUCUGCAUUUGCUGGAGAUUCCAUUUGAUACGAACAUAGCGUACGAUAUAAUGAUGAUGAGACAUGGAACGGCCACACGGUUGCUGUACCAGAUGUACAUUGCUCUCCAUCGUAAAGUGAAGAGCAACUUGACGGGGGCAGCCAUGGAGAGCAUGAGGCCUUCUGCUCCUGUGAAACUUGAACAAAUUGAAAGUGGAUUGUACAAAGAGAGGUUAAAGACAUUGCUACCUCGAGAAUCUGACCUCAUUUUGGAGAAAGUCUCAACCAAAUUUCAAGCCAAGAGAAAAGAUAAUGAACGCAAAGCACUUGAUGCACGAUACAAAGAAAUGGAAAAUUACAACAAAAUCAGUCAACAACAACGGCAAGCUGCACUUGAGAAAUCGAGAGUUGCAAAACAAAAGCAAACCGAGAUUUUAGCCAAAAUACAAGCAGCCACAGUUCAUAUACCUAAACCACCACCUACCAAAACUUUGAAGGUGAUGAACAUGAAAAGGGAAUUACGUCAACGAAGAGAAGCAGAGUUGGUAAGAAGUGAAAUCAAAGGAUUUGAAAGUAAUCUUACCAAGCUUGUUGCGCCUACAUCAUCAAAUACUGAUCAAAUUGAUGGAGGAGAUGCUGGCCUCCAAAAAAGCAUUGAGUAUCUACAGCAGAUAAAGACAAGAUUGGAGGAAGAUUCAACUGCUCGAGAUGAAAGAGCAAAAAGGAGAAGGAAAGUCCUUGUGGAUCAGAUGAAAGCACAUCAUGCUCAAGAGGAAUCAUUGAGGCAAGAGCAAGUUGUUCAACGUUUGAUGCGUCAAUCACAACAAGAAAGAAGAAUUGCUGUACAGCUAAUGCAGGCACGAAGAGAGAAAGAUGUUAUCAGGAAAAAUCGCAUCUUCCAAGAGAAGCAGGUAGAGGCAAGAAGAUUGCAAGAUUUCCAAGAUGCAUUAGAUAAAGAAGCAGCACUUAACAAGUUAGCCAAGGAAGAAUAUGAAGAAGAAAUCCAACGUGAGUUAGAACUUCACCAGCGCAUUAGAUCCCAACAUGCACAUGAGAAAUACAGGCAACAUUAUAACUUCUGUCAGGAGGUGCUGAAUGCAAUCACAGACUUUGCUUGCAAGAUUGCUGAGUACAGAGAACUAACUGACAAGAAAGUUCCAGAAAAGUUGGUCAGAGAAUGGAGAGAUUUUGUGAUCAUGGGCAAACCAUUAUACAUCUCAAGUGACAUUGCCCUGCGUGAGAAGAUUGAGUUAGAAAAAGAAAAUUUGCUUGAUGAUCAAGACUUUUCGGAGUAUAAGAACAUGGUUGGAGAAUGGAAACCAUUAGAAGAUACUGAGAUUUCAAAACCUGCAAACAAUAAUAUUCUGGGUCAUAUCUUGCAUAGGAUGUUCAGCAUAGUUGCUCCAACUCCACCUCCAUCUCCUCCUCCCGUCUUCCCUGAGUUCCCGAUAAAAGUUGCGGUCCUUGGGAAGAUGUUUGCUGGGAAGAGUAGUGUUAUAUCAUCACUGGUGAAACAACAUCGAAUCGUCCAACUUUCAAUGAAUGAAAUAUUAUCUUCAGCAGUGGAUGCACUUAGUGAGAGAAAUGAAGAGAAUGAACAGUCUGAGGACCUUGCGAAUCAGAAUGCAUUGGCUGAAAAGGCUGUGGAACAUUUAAAGAAAGGUGAAAUUGUUCCAAAUGAAGUCUUGGUUGAUUUACUUGUUGACCGGAUCCACAAAAUACCGGCUGGAACCGGUUGGAUCCUGGAUGGAUUUCCAACCAACAUUGAACAAGCUUUGUUGCUUGAAAAAGCAUUGACUGGUUCAGAUGUGUCUUACUCCAAAGAUAAGAAAGAUAAGAGAAAAUCUUCUGUUGUUUCUGACCCGAAACCUGUGAAAGCUAAACCAGCCACUCCCCCUGGUUUACAUAUGGUUGUUCAUCUUGAUGUGAGCGAUGCAACGAUACUCAGUCGUGCAUGUGGCCGGACAUAUGGUACAGAGAGUGGGGAAACCUUCCAUACAGAAUAUGAACCUCCUCCAUUUGGAAGCCACAGUGGCCUUGGUAAAGUAGAUCAGAUAAAGAAUGUACAAGACCCAGCUUUCGAACACGAACAAGUCCAACACAGGAUUACAAGUUUUCACAGCAAUUGGGAAAAGAUGGAAAAGUUGUACAGUGAGAUAACCACAGUGCAGCAUGUUGAUGCAGAGGCUGCUAAAGAUACUGUUUAUGCUCAGCUUGAGAAGACUGUUUUUUCAACACUCAAUAAGAUUCAAGAAAAGAGUGAAGAGGAGUUUGCUGCAGAACUUAGCGAUAAAUUAUCAGAAGAAAUUCCCAAGGAGGAAGUGAAACCACAAAGAAGUGAUCUUUUAAGACCGGAUUCUGCAAGUAGCAGAAAAUCAAAGGACUCGAUACGAAGCGCUCGCAGCAAAACAAAAUCAGGAAAAGGUUCAGCUCGUGAUAGAAAGAAGAGUGGAGAAAAGUCCGAUAAAAAAUCUCGAAGCAGAUCGGCCUCGAGUAAAAGCUCAAAAGAUAAAAGGAAAUCCGCCACUCCACCUCCAGCGCCUGUGGCUGAGGCGGUUGAACCAGAAGAAGUCAAUAAACCUAAACCUGGAGACCAGGGGUGGGAGUACGUGGACGAGGAACUUCCAUUAACGCUUGUACAUUCAUCUGUUCCUUAUUGGAAGAACGCAGAGAUGACUUACAUCAAGUCAUGUAAAUUCGUUUUCAGGGAAAUUCGAAUGGAGAGGGAGAGUAUUAUCAGAUACUUGUACGAGAUCCGACAAGACUUUCAGCUUCACUUGAGACGUCCAGACCACAAACAAACAUUUGUAACUGCCUGGCAUCGCGAUUACAACAGUGUGGCUGAAGAUCUUCGCAAAGAUGAGGAAACACAAGCUGAACUUCAUCAAAGACUUGAUGAUUUACGCGAAAAACUCUGGGACAUUUGUGACACGAGGAAAGAAGAAGUGGAAGUUGAGAGGAGCAACCUCAUCAGUGAAGGAUGGUUGCAAGAUCAUCUUGGCAUCUUAACUAAUCUCUACCUCACUCUAAUGCAGGGUGAAAUUGAUCGUUUUGAAGACACGGCUCGUGUUGUGAAAGAUUACUACAGUGGAAUGCGCAAGAGCAUACCUGGGGAAAAUGUAUUACCCGGUAUGUUACCACGACUACCACUGGUUGAACAUGAUGUUGGUGUACAUGGUGUUCCUACUGUCCAAAGCACACUUACUGUUGGAAGUGAAAAUCCAUCUAUAUCUCCACAGUCUUCACAAUCAGACACCAAGAAAUUAUCAACUAAACAAAGUGAAGAUGUAACCAACGAAAACGAAGCGACAAAACUUGCUCAAGCUGGCAGCAGAACUAAAAUUCCUCUCAUACAAAGAGGAGUUGCUUUCAGCAACCAGCUCACAGAGGAUGGAGGGAAAGGAAAAAAAGGAAAACCUCCUGCGGCUGUAGGAACAGAUAGCCCAGUACAAGAUGAUAAACUGGAAGAGAAGACAGUAGAAGAGGCGUUUACUUUUGCAGCAAAUGCGAUUGCACACGUGGUCCAGGUUUGUAUCAACGCGAAGGAAGCAGAGGAAGAAGAAGAAAGACUUCAAAAAGAAGAAGCUGAAAAAGCAAAAGCUGCUCUUAUUCCUGUGGAUAAGAAAGGUGGAGGAGGUAAAAAAGGAGGUGGUAAAAGCGCUAAGGGAAAGAAGGGAGGAAAGGGUGGGAAGAGCAAAUCUCCCACUCCCACUCCUCCCACUCCUGUGGAGGAGGAGAGUGAGGAAGAGAAAAAGAAGAGAGAAACAGCAGCAAGAUUAAAAGAGGAAUAUUUUGCUGUUCUCCAACAGGAAGAAGCAGCAGCCAAGGAUCGACUUAAGUUAAUCAAAACCCGUUCCAUUCACACCCUGUCGGACUUGUAUGGCAAAUCUGAAAUGACAUUCACUGAUAUGAAUGACUGGAUAGGUUCAAGAUAUCUUAGAGAGAUGGCAGCCAUUGAUAAUCUGAGCUCUGUUGUUCGACAGUGCAUAGAGGAAGGCGUGCAGCUUGAGUAUGAGUUGCUGCUGGAGCAAGAUGAGUUUAUAAUCAACCAUGACGCAAAGGUUAUAAGAACACCAAGUCCACCACCCAGACCUGAACCUAUUGAAACUUCCCAACCUGAUGUCUUUACAAUUGUUCAACUUGGGAAGCUAUACAGCCAUUUUAAAGGUGUUGCUCCCAAUGGAAUGAUAUUGAACAAAGCCUUUAUAGAAGUGUUGGCAGAUACAGCUGCAUUAGAUGCUGGUGCAGAUGCUUUACCUGAUAUGUGGAUUAACAUUUCAUACAACCAGCUUGUGGAGCUAGCGGACCUUUUGUCUGGUGAAUCAGAAUACAUUGAUUGGAGAAAGUUUCUACUGCUUGCUGCGUUUCCAUGGCAGCAGCCAACCACAGAGGAACUGCUGUUGGCAAGAUCAGCUUUCCAACAGCACGAUGUUUGUGGGAACGGCUGGAUAAGCAAGGACCAAUUCUUGAAUGUUAAACUUUGGCUGGAUGAUAGUGAAAGCAGCAAAGAUCCCGAUGUUUAUGACAGAAAUAAACACUUCAGUGAAUUCUGUUUCACACUUUUCUCAGAUUGGGAGCAGACUCCACCAAGAUUGGACUAUGUCAACAUGCUCAUGUAUUUUGCUAUGGAUAAAAAUACGGUCACUGGAUUUUUAAGAGCAUUAAGUGUUGCUUCAGGAAAAGCAAUGCCUUCAUAUACAAAGAAACUUAUAGAACCUACUGAAGAUUUGAAUAAAAAUUCCGUUCCUGGAACUGAACGACUUUUAGAACUGAGUCCAUCAAAAACCAGAGGUAUCAAACUGGAACUCGACACAAAUCCAUCUCCUGAGAUUUCAGCUCAAGAUUGGUGGAGUGUGCUACAUCAUGGGAGUAGCAGAUUAGGGGAUUCCCAUCGGUUUGCUGAGUUUGACGACCCCAAGUCACAAUUUUCUAUGCCUCAACUCCAGUCUUUAUACGAAGAAUUAGAAUCUGAUGAAAGUUCAACUCUACCAAUGCAAACUCUUAUUCUUCAUCCUGUAUUACAAGAUGCAAUACUUGGUUGCAAGAAAUACCAAUUUCUGGACAUUCGAUCUGUAUUUCAUGGUGAGAAUUCUGCUUAUGAUGCAGACACCACUCAGUUUAUCUAAAAAAUAUCACAGUCGUGUUUUUCCUGUUUUGCAUUUUGACAACUGUAUUCAAAUAUUUUAUUUCUUAAAUUUAAUUUGUAUUGUAUGUAUUAGUUAACAAUGUUCGUUUAUUGAAAUAAACAAUAAUUUAUAUGCUGUG